AGGAAGAUUGACUUACUGGUUUAACGGUUCAAAUUAACCCACUUGAUGGAUAAAAAGAAUAAUUCCACUAUUGACCCACUUGAUCAGAUUCAAAGUCCACUCCGCACAAUUGACCAGAAACAUCAUCUUCACCCUUUCACCCUUUAUUAAGUAGAGAAGAUAAAGAGUAUAGAAAAUAGCAGAGAGGAAGGGAAAUAAGAAAGAUGGCAACAACAGCAGCAGCAGCAGAAGCAAAGGCGCCAAAGAUUGUGUGGAACGAAAACCAACGCAGGUUUGAAACAGAAGACAAGGAGGCGUACAUCGAGUAUGUGCUCAGAAGCGAUGGAAAAGUCAUGGAUUUAGCGCAUACAUAUGUCCCUCGUUCAAAGAGAGGCUUGGGUAUGGCUUCUCACCUUUGUGUUGCUGCUCUUAGUCACGCCAAGUCCCACUCCAUGUCUAUCAUCCCCACCUGCUCCUACGUUUCUGACACAUUUCUUCCACGGAACCCAUCAUGGAAUUCUGUUGUGUAUUCAGAAGAUCUGAAAUCAAGUAUACAAGCAACUUCAGAAGAUAUCAAAUCAAAUAUCUAAGCAACUCAGCUAUGUGAUGUCCCUUUACUGAAAUGAUCUUGUUAAAUCAUCUUAUUUCAGCUUUUUUAAUUUUCAAGUGGUUGCUGGUUUCUGUUAAUUUCCAAAUAGUUACCCAUCAGCAGAAGAUUUAUUCAUCUGCUCUGAUUUACUUCUGGUAUUUAUUAUGUUUAUGCUGCAUUUCUCAAUUGUUCUUGCAAGUUACAUAAUGGUAAUUUUAGAUCGGGAUCAAAA